UAUAUUGUUCACGUGUCCCUGCAAAACUAUGCAGGCACAGUUGCAGAUAACAUCCGAUAUGGACCACAAUUACGAGGAAAGAAACUAAGUGACAACGAUGUCUACAAGUUUCUCGCUCUUGCGGAUCUUGAUUCUUCUUUCUUCAACAAAUCUGGGGGAGAAUUAUCUGUUGGUCAAGCUCAAAGAGUUGCACUUGCUAGGACCUUAGCUAAUGAGCCCGAGGUUUUGCUACUUGAUGAGCCCACGAGCGCGUUGGAUCCAAUCUCGACUCAGAACAUUGAAGAUGUACUCGUAAAGCUGAAGACAGACAGAGGAAUGACUAUCGUGUUCGUCUCUCACAGCAUCAAACAAAUCCAGAGGAUUGCUGAUGUAGUUUGCCUUCUUGUGGACGGCGAGAUUGUAGAAAUAUUGAAGCCCGAGCAACUUUCCAAGGCUUCUCAUCCUACCGCACAAAGGUUUCUUGAGCUCAGUUCUUGAGUUUUCUUUUCUGAUGUUGUAUAUGUAACUCCUAUUAUGAUCGUAAUAUAGUUUGUUAUGUAAUGUUGAGCUCUGUGUACUAAAUAUGACCAAUAUGUACUAGCUGAGAGCUGUAGAAAUGCAGAAGGGGACUGGAGUAAUACAUUGAUCGAA